AUGUCAAAUAGACUAGACUCGCUCAAUCUGAAGAAGUCUGGCUCUAAGCCAGCUUUGAAAUUCAAGCCAAAAGUGGUGGCAAGAAAAUCAAAAGAAGACAGAGAGAAGAACUCACCCGUUGUGAAGACUGAAGAGAAAGCAAGCCAACCAUCGACAAGGGGCCGUGGAGGGCUCAGAGGGCGUGGGAGAGGCCGUGGAGGUUCUUAUGCGGGCACACACGUUGUCUCAGCCGGUCCUUUGGCGUCGUCUGCUGUAGGAAGUGGGCCAGUCGCUACAUCCAAGACUGGGUUGACCAAUGAUAAGAUAUUUGGCGCAGAGGGCAAAGAACAGGCAGACCCCUUGCUGAAUUUGAAAAUGAAGAGUCGAUCGCAAAGCGACGGUACUCCUGCGGGAGAAGAUUCAGAUGAUGACAGUGGAGUCACUAAAAUCAACAUGAGUAGAGACUACCAGUUUGAUGCUACUGAGACCGUGCUUUUCCCCGUUCGUCCACAAAAAGAUGCAGAGAAAGAGGCAUCUAAAGUUGCCAUGUCUCUUUCUUCGACGACGUCUGCUACUUCUUCACGUGCCCCUUCUCGUACUCCCGGCCCAGAGUUAGUGAAGAGUGAGUCUUCCGAAGACAUUAAAAGAGAGCAUACACCGGAUCUUGUUCUGGACCGUGUAGGCGGAACUGUGGAACAAGAUGAGCACAAUAGACUCAUAGAUGACCAGCGUGCUAUUGUGGAUUUAGUCACAGGAAAGUUUGCUGGACUUAAAGCUGACAAUUCGAACACUAUACAACAAGAUAACUACUUUUUGGUGCAUCUUCCACAGAUCAGCAACAUCAAUGCAGAUGAAGACGCCACAAAAGAAAAAUCAGAGGAAACCUUCUCAGAGCUUGCGAACCUGAGAUUGGCUAAUUUCCUGGGCCAGAUCGGACAACUCAAUUUUCAUAGGUCUGGAAAAAUCACCAUGUCUCUAGGUUCGAAGACAACCUUGAAUGUGGCACGGGGUGUCCCUUCAAGUUUCCUCCAAGAACUAUACGUUAUAGACUCUAAAGCCCCUCGAGCGUCUGGUGAAAACGACAGCGAUGACAUAUUAGACGAGGAAGGUAGGAAGGUUGUUGGCGAUAUAUAUAGGUUGGGCGAAGUGACAGCUAAGCUUGUCGCCACACCGGAAAUUAGGUAG